CUCGGUUUGUUGUGAGGGGAAGCUUCGUCGAGUCGGCGAGCUGUCCGGCUGGGUGUUUUUGGGGGGUCCGAGUGUGUGCGGGGAUCUCCUCCUGCAGACAUGGCGGCCUCCACCGCGGCCGGGAAGCAGCGCAUUCCUAAAGUGGCCAAGGUAAAAAACAAAGCUCCGGCUGAAGUACAGAUAACUGCUGAACAACUCUUAAGAGAAGCUAAAGAACGCGAGCUUGAGCUUCUCCCACCUCCACCUCAACAGAAGAUCACAGAUGAAGAAGAAUUAAAUGAUUACAAGCUAAGGAAAAGGAAGACAUUUGAAGAUAACAUAAGGAAAAACAGGACUGUGAUUAGUAACUGGAUAAAAUACGCACAAUGGGAAGAAAGUCUAAAGGAAAUUCAAAGGGCCCGAUCCAUAUACGAGCGUGCUUUAGAUGUAGACUAUCGAAAUAUUACACUCUGGCUGAAAUAUGCAGAAAUGGAAAUGAAGAAUCGCCAGGUCAAUCAUGCCCGAAAUAUCUGGGACCGUGCCAUAACAACACUGCCACGAGUCAAUCAGUUCUGGUACAAGUACACAUAUAUGGAGGAGAUGUUGGGGAACAUUGCUGGUGCCCGGCAGGUGUUUGAGCGCUGGAUGGAAUGGCAGCCUGAGGAGCAAGCCUGGCACUCCUACAUUAACUUUGAGCUGAGAUACAAAGAGGUGGAGCGGGCACGUACCAUUUAUGAACGAUUUGUUCUUGUGCACCCGGAUGUGAAGAACUGGAUCAAGUAUGCCCGCUUUGAAGAAAAACAUGCUUAUUUUGCCCAUGCAAGGAAAGUGUAUGAGAGAGCUGUUGAGUUCUUUGGAGAUGAACAUAUGGAUGAACACCUUUAUGUGGCCUUUGCCAAAUUUGAGGAAAACCAGAAAGAAUUUGAAAGGGUACGAGUCAUCUACAAGUAUGCCUUAGAUAGAAUUCCAAAGCAUGAGGCCCAAGAUCUCUUCAAAAACUAUACUAUCUUUGAGAAGAAGUUUGGUGACAGGCGGGGUAUUGAAGAUAUCAUCGUGAGCAAACGGAGAUUCCAAUAUGAAGAGGAAGUGAAGGCUAAUCCACAUAAUUAUGAUGCGUGGUUUGAUUACUUGCGCUUGGUGGAAAGUGAUGCAGAAGCUGAAACGGUGCGAGAGGUUUAUGAGCGAGCCAUUGCCAACGUCCCCCCCAUUCAGGAGAAGAGGCACUGGAAGCGCUACAUAUAUCUUUGGAUCAACUAUGCACUCUACGAAGAGUUAGAGGCAAAGGAUCCUGAGAGGACAAGACAGGUAUAUCAAGCCUCUUUGGAAUUAAUUCCUCAUAAAAAGUUCACAUUUGCCAAAAUGUGGUUAUAUUAUGCACAAUUUGAAAUAAGACAGAAAAAUUUACCAUUUGCCAGAAGAGCUUUGGGAACUUCUAUAGGCAAAUGUCCAAAGAACAAGUUAUUUAAAGGCUACAUAGAAUUGGAACUACAGCUUCGAGAAUUUGACAGAUGUCGGAAGCUUUAUGAAAAGUUCUUGGAAUUUGGACCUGAAAAUUGUACCUCAUGGAUUAAAUUUGCAGAAUUAGAGACAAUCCUUGGUGAUAUUGAGAGAGCCCGGGCAAUCUAUGAAUUAGCCAUCAGCCAGCCACGCUUAGACAUGCCAGAGGUGCUUUGGAAAUCAUACAUUGACUUUGAAAUUGAGCAGGAAGAAACUGAAAGAACACGAAAUCUUUACCGACAAUUGCUCCAGAGAACACAACAUGUCAAGGUAUGGAUCAGUUUUGCUCAGUUUGAGCUGUCGUCAGGAAAAGAAGGAAGUGUGGCUAAAUGCAGACAGAUUUAUGAAGAGGCUAACAAAACCAUGCGGAAUUGUGAAGAAAAGGAAGAGAGACUUAUGUUGCUAGAAUCUUGGAGAAGCUUUGAAGAUGAAUUUGGAACAGUAUCAGAUAAGGAGAGAGUAGACAAACUCAUGCCAGAGAAAGUCAAGAAGAGAAGAAAGGUCCAGACUGAUGAUGGGUCUGAUGCAGGCUGGGAAGAAUACUAUGACUACAUCUUUCCAGAAGAUGCUGCCAACCAACCUAACCUCAAGCUUCUGGCUAUGGCCAAACUUUGGAAGAAACAACAACAGGAAAAAGAGGCUGCUGAGCAAGACCCUGAUAAAGACAUUGAUGAAAGUGAAUCUUGAACACUCAUUCAUAUUAAGAAGCAUUUAAUGUUUUUUUUAUAAACUUAGUUUGGGA